AUGAAUGGCAUGGGUGUCUUCACAGAUAGAGUCGUAACGGUGCUAAAAACUUUUUGCCGUUCUCAAAGUCACGUUAAACAAAUUCAAGCCCAAAUCAUAGUUCACAACCUUCAGUCAAACACCACAAUCGCAUACAACUUCAUCACCGCGUCUCAAUCUCACAAUCUUCUCAUCUCAGUUCUACCUCUCUUCACUCUCCUCAUUCCAAAACCCCAUCUUUUCAUCUUCAACUCUCUCAUCAGAGCUUUCUCCCAUUCCCACAUCCCCAACACCCCUCUCUCUUUAUACUCCCACAUGCACAAAAACUCAAUCCACCCCAACUAUUUCACGUUCCCUUUCCUCUUUAAGUCACUUUCCGACUCGCGUUGUUUCGUUCAGUCCCAAUGUGUGUACACCCAUGUUGUGAAACUUGGUUAUGGUAACGAUGUUUAUGUUAGUAACUCGCUUCUUGAUGUGUAUGCGUCGUGUGGCUAUGUUCAACUUUGUCGGCAACUGUUUGAUGAAAUGCCGCACAGAGAUGUUGUGUCUUGGACUGUUUUGAUUAUGGGUUAUCGGUUUAGUGGGAGGUUUGAUGAUGCGUUGCUUGUGUUUGAACAGAUGCAGUAUGCGGGUGUGGUUCCGAAUCGGGUUACCAUGGUGAAUGCGUUGGCUGCUUGUGCUAGCUCUGGUUCUAUUGAAAUGGGGAUUUGGAUACAUGAUAUGAUAAACAGAAAUGGGUGGGAACUGGAUGUGAUUUUGGGGACGGCGUUGAUUGAUAUGUAUGUGAAAUGUGGGAGAGUGGGAGAUGGGUUGAGAGUUUUUAAUUAUAUGAAGGAGAGGAAUGUGUUUACUUGGAAUGCUGUUAUUAAAGGGCUAGCUUUGGCUAAGAGUGGUGAGGAGGCGAUUUUGUGGUUUAAUAGGAUGGAGUUUGGUGGAGUUAGAGCUGAUGAAGUUACUUUGGUUGCGAUUCUUUCAGCGUGUAGUCAUUCGGGUUUGGUGGAUAAGGGUCGAUUGAUAUUUAGUAUGUUGGUUGAUGGGAAGUAUGGAUUUUGUCCUAAUGUUAAACAUUAUGCUUGUAUGGUUGAUCUCUUGGCACGUGCUGGUCAAUUGCAAGAGGCUUUUGAGAUCAUGAGAUGUAUGCCUUUUGAGCCGACAAAAGCUAUGUGGGGAUCGUUGUUGAUUGGUUCAAAAUCUCAGGGGAACUUUGAGUUCAGCGAGUUUGUUGCUAGGAAGCUAGUUGAGAUGGAGCCGGAUAACACUGCCUAUUAUGUUCAGCUGUCAAAUCUAUAUGCAGAGUCGGGAAGAUGGAGCGAUGUUGAGAGAGUAAGGGGAAUGAUGAAAGAGAGAGAUCUGAUUAAGGACUUGGGUUGUAGUUCUGUGGAGGUUGAACACCAAAGGCCUGCCGGUGAAGUUUUGGCAAUGUAA